AUGUAUUCACCCUCCAGUCUUGACUGAUGUCUGAGGACUGCUGUUGAAAUAGCGCGAGCUCAGGCUCUUUCAGUGUACAGUCUUUGCCGGGUUUGUUUGGAAUUGCAUUCUUUCAUCAUUUUUGAGCUGCACGUUUCAUUCAGCCGUGAUGUUGCGGAUUGUGGUGUUGAUGGGGCUGCUGGUUGCGAAGGGCUCUGCGACUGCGCUGCCCGAGAACGAAACGUUUAUUCGGACAUUUUCUGGUUUCUUCCUCACCGUCACCGAUGAGCCCAUUGAUUACCUGGACGUGCAAGAGGAAGCCAGCGGCUCCGGUUCGGAUCAAGUGCCCAAACCCAAGAAAGAUCACCAACAUCACGUGGCUAAGAAGACUUACCACAUCUCUCCGGAGGCCUCCAGCUUACUCACAGGCCGCGUGCUGACCGCUGUCAUCCCAACAAUAUACAUUGUGGUGUUUAUCAUCAGCGCUCCUCUAAAUCUGCUGGCGCUGGUCAUGUUUGUGCGCAAAGUGAGACCGAAAAAACCGGCGGCGAUUUAUAUGAUCAACCUGGCUUGUGCCGACCUUCUGUUCGUCCUAUUGCUCCCGUUUAAGAUAGCCUACCAUUACAACGGAAAUAACUGGAUAUUUGGGGCUGGCAUGUGUCGAUUCGUCACGGCUGCUUUCUACUGCAACAUGUACUGCUCUGUGCUGCUGAUGAUGUGCAUUAGUGUGGACCGCUUCAUGGCGGUCGUUUACCCGAUGGACUCGCUCACCUGGCGCAGUCCGCGAACCGCGUCCAUCGUGUGCGCCUCCAUGUGGCUUUUGUCCAUCGGCGGUGUGACGCCUUUGCUGAUUUCCAGUCAAACCAUUCACCUACCUGACCUGGGUAUCACCACCUGUCACGACGUCCUUGACAUCCACCACCUUCGCGAGUAUUACCUGUAUUUCUUCCCCAUAAUCUCUUCGCUUUUCUUCUUCAUCCCGCUCAUUUUUAGCACCGUCUGCUACGUGCGCGUCAUCCAAGCGUUGUGCGCGGCCAACGUGGAAAACCGCGCGAAAAAAACGCGGGCCGUCUUUAUGGCCGUAACGGUCUUUGCUGUUUUCGUCAUAUGCUUCGCACCCACAAACAUCAUUCUGUUGGCGCAUUACGUGCAGUUCGCCCACAAGCACAACGAUGCGUCUUACGCCGCGUACUUGGUGUCCACGUGCAUCGGGAGCAUCAGCUGCUGUCUGGACCCCCUCAUGUACUAUUUCGGGUCGUCUCAGUGUCAAAAACAGGUUCUCGCCUUUCUCAAGUGUCAGGGAUCUUCAGGCAUCGAAAACAGCGCACAGUUCACCAGCACCACCAGGUCAAGCAAGCUGGACAAUUUUAAAAGCAGCGUGAGCAACCAGUACCGGAAGCUGAUGGCAUGAGCUGCCUGCUCAGAACCGGGCUGAUUUGAAAGGAGUUUGAGGACUUUGCAGCUGGUCAGGGUGAGAGACCUUCUCAGACCAACUGUAGCAGGUUUCCAAUGACUUUAAAUCGUUUACUUUAUCAAAACUGCGUUUCUCAAAAGCAUCGGAAGCUUAAGUGGAUAGUAGACCCAUUGCCGCCAGUGGUCUCUGCGAUCAACUUAGCCUCUGAUGCAUUUGGGAAAUGCAUCAUGAUGGUUGGAGUUGAUUGCACUAUAAUUAAUUGGAACUCGUGAAUUAUUAUUAUUAUUAUUCUUAACAUUUCCAAGAAGAUCCAAAUGACCCUGGCACUUCAACCGUUUAAUGCUUUUAUAACGUCUUUGCUAAUGUAUAGAUUCUUACUCUAUUUUUGUAUUCAUUUGUUACCAUUUCAAAUAGCUAUAUACUUACCAAUAAAAUCAUAUUUACGUACCAGAUACUUAAUGUUUAGUAAAGAGAACAAAAUUUGUAUGUUACAUUAUUUCUGUUUAUACUGUGAUUUACAUGAUAUGGGACCAGCUGGCUGGAUUUUAUGAAGUUGCUUGGUGAAAAUUCUCUAAAACAUUUACACCAGUUAACUGUGGGUUUAUCUUCAGAUAGAUGUAACAGUAUAGUACACCACUGUUAAAAAAAUUUGAGUCAGAAAAUGCAUACUUUUAUCUAGCAAGGAUGCAUUCAUUUGACAGUAAAGACAUUUAUAAUGUUAAAAA